AUGUCAGACUCAAUAGAAACCCAUAAUCUGGAGGAUUUGUCACCAGUGGAGAUAGACACUGUUAUGACUACGAAAUCCCGACUUCCAGAAUUUGAUCGUAGUGAUCCUGAGUUGUGGUUUGCUCAACUAGAGCAUUAUUUCACGAGACAUAAUAUCAAAUCUGAAGGGAUUCGCUAUAGAGACUUGUGUUCUAUCCUUCCUCCUUCAGUCGCCAAAGAAGUCCGUGACUUGAUUUUGAGUCCACCAUCACCACAACCAUACACCAUCUUAAGACGAGAGAUAAUGAACCGUUUAUCAUUAUCAGAUAGUCAAAGAAUCCAAAGACUUUUUCAAGGUGAAACACUAGGUGAUCGGUCGCCGUCACAGUUUUUACGUCACCUCCAAGUCUUAGUGGGUGAUAA